CGUGGUCUCUAACCGGCGCGGGAAAGGGGCCGGAGUCUCGUGUGCGCGCUCAGACAGCGAUCGCGCGCAGCACAUUUAGGGAGGGGAUGGCGGCAGCGGCGGCCGCUGGGAGCGGGACGCCCAGAGAGGAGGAGGCUCCGGGAGGGGAGGCAGCAGCUUCGCAGGCCCAAGCCCCGACGAGUGCACCCGGUGGGGCUCGCCUUUCGAGGCUGCCUCUGGCGAGAGUAAAGGCCUUGGUGAAGGCAGACCCUGACGUAACGCUGGCGGGACAGGAAGCCAUCUUUAUCCUGGCGCGUGCCGCGGAGCUGUUUGUGGAGACUAUUGCAAAAGAUGCCUACUGCUGUGCUCAACAAGGAAAGAGGAAAACUCUUCAGAGGAGAGAUUUGGAUAAUGCCAUAGAAGCUGUGGAUGAAUUCGCUUUUCUAGAAGGCACUUUGGAUUGAUAGUGGAGCUGGAUGAUUUUGUGAGCCUUUGCUGCAUCCGUCGUUUUUCCCCUCUGUAAGCCUCAGCUUUGGAGAGAGUCUGCGCAUGUAUACAAUCUUCCUGUUCUGCUUUUACCCAAAAUGGAAGAAGCAGAGAGCUCUUGGAUAGCAUUCUCCACAAAGUCUUCCAUUACUUGAGUCUGUCUUCCAAUUCAGGCCUGGAUGUAGCUGAUGCUGUUUGGGGCAGAGAUGAAAGGACCGUUCUGCAUAGGUGGUUUAAUGAUCACAGAAGACUGGAAUAAAGGUCUUUGGUCGGCUUCGUUCCUGUGUUUUAUAUUGCCUUUGCUCUUGCCCUGUGACUGGGAACCCAUGUGGUCAGGCACAGACUUUCCUCAUCUUUCAAGCAACCAUCCCAAGUCAAGUCUUUAUUAACUUUGUUCUUUCUAAGCAUGUCAUUGGUAUGUGGGUCAAUAAUAUAUGGGAUACCUCUUCUCCUUAGGAGUCAAAUCAAUGAGGUUCCAACAGUUUUAUUGAAGUAUAAUUCAUGUGUCAUAUUCAAUUCAAAUUGUAAAGUUCAAUGGCUUUUUUUUGAAUAUUCAUAGGUAUAUGUAGUGAGAUUUGGAACAUUUUCCUCUGAAUGGAUUCACAUGAGUUUUGUGUAUGACAAAAUUUAGAUAAUGUUAUUUAAAUUUAAUCUAUGGUAUGCUAUGUAUUUGUACCCUUACCUUUAAGUUGUGAAAUAUAUGUAAUAUAAAGUUUCCCAUUUCAACUGCU